CUAACUUUAUGCCACAAAACAGCUAGUUACGUUUUUACCGUGCUCGCGUGUGAAAGUGUGCGCUCAAGAAACAGCGUGUUGGCUCUACCAAGAUGGCUCCAGAUGACUGAAGAAGGACAGUACAAAGUAUCAGCUGCUGCAGGAAGACGUUUGAGUCCCCCCACGCUGGAUACUCGAGUGUUUACCGCGUUCUCGUGUUGUUUACGAGAUGACAAGACCGUUUUGACGGAAAAAGACUAUUUUACACUAAAGUGAAGGAUGAAUGGAAGGCAAAGGUGAUAAGAAGGUGCGUUUGUUGGAUGUAUAAUAACACAAUUAUAGGUACCUCUGGGGAUCUACUUUCGUGUGGUAAAGUUCAAAGCAUGGUAUAGGGCACAUAGGUAGCUGGCACUCCUUGCACA